UUUCAACAAAUAUAUUUGAAUUUAGUUACACCUAUAAAUAAAAUAAAUAUCAAAUUAAUCAAUGUAUUUGUUAAUUCUUAAUUCUUAAGAAAUCCAGAAACACAGAACAACCAAAGCAAGAAACAGAGAGAAAGAAGAAGAAAUCAUCAAAUUAUGAGCUAUCCUUCAGGGUAUGGGACGCAAUAUGCGCCACCGUCAGCACCACCACCACCAGGGUACCCCGGGUACCCUCCACAACAAGGGUAUGAAGGGUUCCACCACAACCCUCCAGGGCCUCCACCACCAGGGUACGGUCAAUACCACCAUCACCAACCUGGUGGUUACCAGGGCUACUUCAAUGAUGGGUACCCACCGCCUCCGCCUCCUCCUCAACCGUAUCCUCCUACCCAGGUUUACCACUGUGAGCAUUCACACAAUCACCACAAUGGCUGUUUAUCCUUCUUGAAGGGAUGUUGUGCUGCCCUCUGUUGCUGCUGUCUGUUGGAAGAAUGCUGCUUCUAGUUACUUUGCUCACCUGGGAAUCUUGCUAAUCUGUAUCAAAAGGAUGUCCCUCUCUUUAAGUCAUGCCCUAUUAUGGUCAUGUUCACCUGUGAAUUUGGAAGCAUUUGGUCUCUGGUGGUGCUCACAGUGCCGUCUUUUUUUAUUGUGAACAGAGCAAUUUUAGUACAGAAAUCAGUAUGUAUAAUAUUUUCAAAACUGAUGCAUAAAGUUUGUAAGUAAUCUAAGAUCUAUGUGAAUUUUCUAAACUGAUGCCUGUGAUUUACCUUUUAUAAUGUCUGAUCAUUUAUGGUUAUAUAUUGUACCCUUCA